ACCAAAAGGAGAAGACGCGAGAAGACAAGCAAUCGAAUCGAAUCCAAGCGCGAAAACCCACGGCCGCCCCCCUCCCCCGAUCAGGGUCCCCCGUUCGGUCGGCUAAGGUUUGCUACUAAAAACAUGUGUAAUUUUUUGCCCCUCUGCUUACGGAGAAACACGCGAUGACGCCGCGCUUUUAUAACCGCGCGUCCACCACGAUUCCCCCUUUACUACGUUCUCUCCAUUCCAUCUCCCCCCAAUCGCUCGGGCGCAAUGCGCAGCAGCAGCAGCAAGGCCACACCCACAACCUCCCCUGCUUUUCGCGUCCUCUGCUCUCCUCCUAGGUUAGCAGCGGCUUUGCCAACGAGAUAGAUAGGCAAAAGAGAAAGUACUUGCAUAGCCCAACAAGGCAACAGCUGCUGCUACCCUCUCUUUCUUUUCUCUGCUUCUCCUUGCUCUCUCUUCUCUUCCUUUCUUUCUUUCUAUCUCCUGCAGUGCCAAGAGUCCAAGACCCAACAAGGGGGAGGACGGAGGAGGCGAGGCAGAGGCAUCUCACCGAAGGGGGAAGGGCGACGCCAUGUGGGACCUCAAUGACUCGCCGGCGGCCGAGGCCGCGCCGCCGCCGCUGUCGCCGUCCGCCGACGACUCCGGCGCCUCCUCGUCCUCGGCCGCCGCCGUCGUCGAGAUACCCGACGACGCCGACGACGACUCGGCCGCUGUGGUUGUCGUCACGCGCCAGUUCUUCCCUCCGGCCGUCCCGGGCGGCGGCGGCGACCCCGCCCCCGGGAACGCGCGCGCCGGGUGGCUCCGCCUGGCCGGAGCCGCCCCGCCGGUCGCUGCAACGGGGCCGGCGGCGUCGGCGGCGGUGUCCAAGAAGAGCCGGCGCGGGCCGCGGUCGCGCAGCUCGCAGUACCGCGGCGUCACGUUCUACCGCCGCACCGGGCGAUGGGAAUCGCACAUAUGGGAUUGUGGCAAGCAGGUCUAUUUGGGCGGAUUUGACACUGCUCAUGCGGCGGCUCGGGCGUACGAUCGGGCGGCGAUCAAGUUCCGCGGCGUGGAGGCCGACAUCAAUUUCAGCUUGGAGGAUUACGAGGAUGACCUGAAGCAGAUGAGCAACCUGACCAAGGAGGAGUUCGUCCACGUGCUCCGGCGGCAGAGCACGGGGUUCCCCCGGGGAAGCUCCAAGUACAGGGGCGUGACGCUCCACAAGUGCGGGAGAUGGGAGGCUCGGAUGGGCCAAUUCCUCGGCAAGAAGUACGUCUACUUGGGGCUGUUCGACACCGAGGAGGAAGCUGCCAGGGCGUACGACCGCGCUGCCAUCAAGUGCAAUGGCAAGGAUGCGGUGACGAACUUCGAUCCAAGCAUUUACGCCGGGGAGUUCGAGCCGCCGGCGGCCACGGGUGAUGCCGCCGAGCACAACCUGGACCUCUCGCUUGGGAGCUCGGCGGGCUCCAAGAGGGGCAACGUUGACGGUGGCGGGGACGACGAGAUCACCGGCGGCGGUGGCGGUGGCGCGGGCUCCGACCAGCGCGUCCCUAUGGCGUUCGACCUUGACUGGCAAACGGCGGCGGCGAGGAGCACCAAAGCUAAGUUCGACCAGAACUCGAACCAUCCCCAGAUGCCUCCGGUCCUGCAGGUCACCCACCUGCCAUUCAGUCCCAGGCAUCAUCACCAAUUCUUGAGCAAUGGUGAUCCGGGGACAGCGGGAGGCCUGUCACUGACGAUCGGCGCAGGCAUGGCCGGGCACUGGCCUCCCCAGCAGCAGCAGGGGUGGGGCAACGCCGGCGGCAUGAGCUGGCCGCACCCGCCGCACCCGCCGCCGCCGCCGACCAACGCCGCGGCCGCCGCAACCGCUACAGCAGCUGCAGCAUCAUCACGAUUCCCUCCCUACAUUGCGACGCAAGCCUCAACCUGGCUGCAGAAGAACGGGUUCCAUUCCCUGACCCGGCCCACCUAAGAUGAUCAAAGAUUUAAAAUUCAAGAUCGCUGCAUUCAUCGUCUCCUCGUCGAUCGAUCAUGGCAAAGAUCGAUGGAGAGAGAGAGGUGUGUGUCACUGACGCAGGGAAAAACUCAAUGCAGAUUUACCAGCAAGAACAAGAGCUGGAUGCUAUUCUUUUGCUCUACCUUUUUUCUUCUCUCUUUCUUCUUCUCUGUUUCUUGAUUGGGCGAGCGAGAUGGAGAUGGAUCUGAUCAUGAAUGGGACACAAGUGGGCAUGUAAAUGAGGAGCUCCCUAGAAGGCGAGAGAGAUUGGCCAAGCGUCGCCUCAAGCAGUGUAGGAGUAUCUAUCUUUUGCCGUUUCGCUCGCUUUCUUUCCUUCUUUUCUUUCACCAUGGCCAACAACGAUGACUCUGGGUGUCAACAUCACAGCUCAUUUUGUUCGGUCUCAUGUUGCAUCAUUCACUGCAUGAUGACCAUGAUUCGGGAAAAUUUGCUCCAUGCACCUCCGCUUGGCCGACAACACUUGCCCUCUAGUAAGCAUCCUUAAACACCCACGGUUUCUACUACUAUUCAUCGCUUUAUAAAUCCUACGGAGUGCUAGCUUUACGCUACUACUACUGUCAUGUAAUCUAUCAUCAUCAAAAGAGACGAUCAGAUUAACAUAUAUGUCAACUAUUUAAGCUUUGGCUCUUUGCUUUCCAAGAAA